AAAAUUUACAGCUUUAUCUCCGCGGGUUCGAGAAGCAGGUCGCUCGUUAUAAAUACGGCCUUCGGUCGGGCAAAUGAAAAUGAGCGCUGGGCUGCAAGAGAUUCGCGUCCGGCCACCGCUUCAUGCACUUUGCGAGAAGGAUGCUGCAGCAAGCCCUAAGAGUGUCCGGCCGGAGCGCCUUCCCCCUCGUCAAGUGGGUGGAGAGGUGGAUUGAGGGCGCAUCAGCCCGCCCGGGGGAAGCCAAGGCAGUGAGGACUCUGGACGACAUGCCCGGACCGUCGGUCGCCAGCUUCGCCUGGGACUUGUUCGCCAAACGUGGGCUGUCGAGGCUGCACGAGUUACAGCUGGAAGGCGUGCGGCGGUACGGGCCCAUGUGGAAGGCGAGCUUCGGCCCCAUCCUGACAGUCCAUGUGGCUGAUCCAGCGCUCAUUGAGCAGGUGCUGAGGCAGGAGGGCCAGCACCCAAUGCGCUCUGACCUGUCCUCCUGGAAGGACUACAGGAAGCUCAGAGGACACCACUAUGGACUCCUGACAUCUGAGGGGGAGGAAUGGCAGUCGGUGAGAAGCCUCCUGGGGAAGCACAUGCUGCGGCCGAAGGCAGUGGAAGCUUACGAUCAAACCCUGAACAGCGUGGUCGGUGACCUCAUUGCUAAACUUCGCCUUCAGAGACGCUCCCAAGGCCUCAUCACCGACAUUGCCAGCGAGUUCUAUCGCUUCGGCCUCGAAGGCAUUUCCUCAGUGUUGUUUGAAUCCCGAAUCGGCUGCCUGGAUCAGGUUGUUCCCGAAGAGACGGAGCGUUUCAUCCAGUCAAUCAAUACCAUGUUUGUAAUGACGCUUCUUACCAUGGCCAUGCCAAGUUGGUUGCACCAGCUGUUUCCUAAACCCUGGAGCAUCUUCUGUCAGUGCUGGGACUACAUGUUUGACUUUGCAAAAGGUCACAUCGACCAGCGUAUGACAGCCGAGGCAGAGAAGGUCACACGCGGAGAGAAGGUGGAGGGCCGUUAUCUCACCUACUUCCUGUCGCAGACCGGGCUGCCGAUGAAGACCGUGUACAGCAACGUUACAGAGCUGCUUCUCGCAGGAGUCGACACGAUCUCCAGCACGAUGUCCUGGUCAUUGUACGAGCUGUCCCGUCACCCUGAGGUACAGACGUCGCUCCGGGAGGAGGUGCUGAGUGUAAUGGGGGGUCGGAGGAUCCCAUUGGCAGAAGAUGUGGCGCGCAUGCCUCUCCUGAAGGCCACAGUCAAAGAAGUGCUUAGGUUGUACCCUGUUAUUCCUGCCAAUGCAAGAGUCAUUACAGAGAGAGACAUCCAGGUUGGAGGUUACAUCAUCCCUAAAAAUACUCUGAUUACCCUGUGCCAUUUUGCAACAUCACGUGACCCAGCAGUGUUUCCAAAUCCAGACGAGUUCCACCCUCAUCGAUGGCUGAACAAGGAUCAGACUCAUCACCCGUACGCCUCUGUACCCUUUGGGGUGGGGAAACGCAGCUGCAUAGGUCGACGUAUCGCUGAGCUGGAGCUCUACCUCGCUCUUGCCAGGAUCCUCAUGGAGUUUGAUGUGAAGCCAGAUCCAGAAGGGAUUUCUGUGAAGCCCAUGACACGGACUCUUCUGGUCCCUGAAAAUGUCAUUAACCUCCAGUUUAUUGAACGAUGACCCACUCUCCUCUGCUGUUACAUGAAUUAGUACGAAAGUCUCUCCGCAAAAGAGAGCGCGAACAGGCGGUCAUCACAGGAACCUGAGCAUGCAGUGGAUCAUAUUAGAGUGGACCUUCAACCUUUGACACAGCAGAGGCCAAAUCCCUCCGUACCUGUCACCUAUUGAGCAGAGGCCGACAUGUGGAGGAGGACACACGAAUGAAGGAUGAGCUGUGACACUUCAUCACUGAGGGCUUUGCACUGGGAGCGGCAUAAUUCCAAAUUUUUUAAAACAAAAUCGGCAUCAAGCACUUAUGCACUUAUUUGCACAGAGGGCAAGAGCAAGCCAGUGAUCUCCUUCAGGACCAGCCGACUUUGUUUUAUCCUUAAAGUGACUCAGACCAUGUUGCGUUUGAUAGAAUUUGAAAUCUCCAUGUUUUUUCUGAGUCUGGCUAAUCUAAAUCUGAUUAUGAACUGGGAUCUUCUGCACUCUCUACUAGAGACAGCAGCAUCAGUGAUUUCCUGUGUGUCCUGGCCAUGCAAACAUUUCAUUUCAAGAGCAUUUCUGCUUAUGUUACUCCAGUAUGCUAAGAGGCACAUUACAUGUCUCGCUCAGUCUGAGAUACUCGGCCUUAAAUUAUCCACGCAUAUUAGGUGAGUCUCAGACUGGCACAUGAACACACUGUUUCUAAUAUCUUCAGCUCUUAUUGAGUUACUGUGAGAGGUUUGUGUGGAUAUGAUGUUCAGUAUUUAAUGUUCCUUAAAAAACAAAUGGCAGCUCUUUAAAUUGUUCUUGUGUAAGAAUGUAUGGUGCCACUGUUUAAAAGCCCCACACUUAGGUUGUGUAAAUCUGUUUGUAUUGUCUUUGAAAUGUAAGUGUAUGCCACAAUUCAACAGUGCAGCGCAAUGCAAAAUUAUCUGUCUUAAUUUUUUUUUCUUAACCUCCCAUGAGUGAUAGAAAACCAAUUUUGUAAAUGUAAGCCUCUGUAUCUGAACUCUGUAUUUAUUCUAAUUUAACACAUUUUGAAACUUUUACUGUAAAUGUCAUUAAAAGGUUUCCAGUUGGA